AUGGAACUGGUGCUGCACGAAACGGUGUACUUGGCGGUCGCAUUAGAUGGCAACGAUGAGACAGCUACGGGGCACCCUGGCCCAGCAGGCGCAACGGCAGAGGCCUUGCGCUCAUCGGAUGUCACGACCAGCAGCGUCACCCCAAGCCUCAAGCUCUUUUACCGCACAGGCUGGGACCGCGCUGUGGUCCACGGGUCCUUGUGCGGCUCCCCUUGGCGCGAUUUCCCACUCAGCAAGGCCGCUGAAGGUCCCGAGCGGUGGCUGGUGGCCGAGGUCCCCCUGGACGGCCCCCCUGGACCUCCCCCCGCGGGUAAGCCGCUGCUGGAGUUCGUGGUGGCGGAUACGGCCAAGACCAACUGGGAUAAGCCAGCCGCCGGUGGUAACUACUGCAUCGACGUCCCCGGCGUGUACAGUCUGAGGGGUGGCAACCUCAGGAAAGUGGGGGGAAGACCUGUCCUUGUGGUUAGCGACCUGGACGGCACCAUGGUGGGCGACGACUCCGCCACCGCCGCCUUCAAGAGCUGGUGGGAGGACGCCGGAGUGCUGCGGGGCGGGGUGCUGGUCUACAACACGGGGAGGUCUUUGGAUUCCUUUUUGGAGUUGUUGCGCUCCAAAUCAUCAGUCAUGGCGACACCUGAUGCGCUUAUCCUGGCAGUGGGCACGUGUGUGUACCUGCGCAACCCCGCCGGGGGUCCCCCGGACCAGCCCUCCGGUUGGAAGGAGGACCGAGAUUGGUCAGCCACGUUGGACGAGCGAUGGAACCUCAAGAGGUACAUGGACGUGGUUCCUAUCCGUGCCGGCAAGCUGGAGGCGCUCAACCACGUACGGCGCCACUUCGGCUUCAGUACGGCCUCCACGGUGGCAUGCGGGGACUCGGGUAAUGACAUCCUCAUGCUCAGCGGUGAAAACCUAGCCAUUGUCGUGGGUAACGCGCAGCCCGAUCUGAGGCAGUGGGCGCAACAGCGGCAGGCCACGGAGACACCGCUGCCCAGCGGGAAACAGCGCAUGAUGAUGGCCGCCCGCAAGGAGGCGCUGGGCAUCUUGGAGGGGCUCGAGUACUUCGGGUUCAAGUGCUAG